AUGAGGGUUGUGUUACUUUUCAUUGUAACACUUGUUGUUGAUGAAAGUGAUGGUACUAGUUUGGAUAUAGCAGUAGCACUUGCCAAGUACGCAAAUGUCCUCUUCAAAGUUGAUGAGGUGAUUUUAUUCCACUGUGAAUUAUUGAACCAUCUACCACUACUUGGUGUGAUGAAUUUAGUCAAAUUCAGAGAUAUUGUAUUCAAAUUAUUUAUAUUUGGUUAUCUGCUGCCGACGGUAGUUAUAAUCAUAGUCACGAUCAUCACUUGUUGGUACAUUCGAGAUGAGAUUCGUAGUCUCUACCCAAUGCUCGUUCCAUUCCCAGUGGCAAAGAAAGCUUGUGAACGAUAUCUUGCGAAAAUGGAUAAAAAGCUUAUUCAAGCUUUGAUUAAGAAACAAGAAGAAGAACGCAAUACCAAUCGUACUAUUACCACUGAAUCAACCAUGGUCUGA